AUGGCUUCUCGUGGUGGUCAACGGGCUGUUGGGACUGACGGGACUGACUUCCAACACCGACAAAGAAUUGCUGCACAUUAUCAUGAAAGUGCUCAUUACAAGUUCAUUUUGAAGUGGUUCUUCGCUCCUCACUUCCUGAUUUUAAUAUUUAUGUGGGCUAAGGUUGGAAGUGAAGUUCUACGAAAGGAAUUUGGCUGGAAAAGUUCAUUCUUUGAGACACUUGAUAUGCCUUCCGCCUAUCCAUGGGAAUACGUUUGGUGUUUUUCGUUCAUUCCUAUUAUUUGUGCUAUGAUGUCUUUCUCGAAGAAUAGGGUAAACUUGAUAAACUACCACUACUAUGGACAUUUUGUUUUUGGGAUUCUUCCUUGUAUGAUUGGUCUUGGUGGGCAGCUUCCUGAGCUCCUCGAUUACAUGAAAGACCAAGAAAAUAGUAAUACACCGACAUUCAAGGGUGUAUUUCCGAUGGUUAUUAUUUGGUACGUGUUCUUUGCUGUUGCUCUACAAAUCCACGGAUUUGCUAUGUAUUUUUCGUACCACCUGGCAGCAGCAUGGACGCCAAUAAAACGGGAUUAG